AUGUCUGCAGCGAAGAUAGCCCGCAGGGGAUCGCCACCGGCAACUCCGGCGAGCGGCGGCGACGACCACGUUGGCGCCCUCCCGGACGCGCUCCUGCAUCACAUCCUCUCCUUCCUCCCCGCGCAGCAGGUCGUGCGGACUUGCGUGCUCGCCCGGCGCUGGCUCGACCUGUGGAAGUCGUCCUCAGGCCUGCGCGUUGUCGGCGCCGACGGGAAGGAGCCGGUGCGCUUCGAGGAUGUCCGGGUGUUCGUGGAUAAUCUGCUGCUCCUCCGCGGGUGCUCGCCACUCGAGACCCUGGAGCUCACGUUCUCGGGAGGAUCCAUCGACAUGCUCCGUGUGAGGCUCUGGAUCCGGCACGCCAUGCUGUGCAAAGUCCGGGUGCUGCUGCUCAAAAUCUCUGGGGCCCCUACUUGGUUUCAGCAAGGCGAACCGGCCCUUGUCUCUGAGCAUCUCACAAGAUUAGUGCUUCGUGGUAUAGUGUUCAAUGACGACGACUUCCUCGACUUCUCGAGAUGUCCCUCGUUGCAAGAUCUGAAUCUUAUGAUCUGUAGUUUUGAAAACACCAGAAGGAUCUCAUCCAAGUCCCUGAAGCAUCUAGUCAUCAUGGGGGCCUCUUUCAGUUCCCGCACUCGCAUCGAUGCCCCAAAUCUCGAGUGCCUACAGCUGCAAGUCCACUGGGGCAGGAUCCCCGUGCUUGAGAAAAUGCCAUCGUUGGUUUUGGCUAUUGUUAAUGUCGAUUCUUCAUGUUUGGAUACUUGCAGCCGCGCUAACUAUGGGGAUUGUGGUGAUGAGAGCUGCCGUGGUUGCAUCCAAGACGGCAGUUCCUCUGUGCUUUUGCAAGGUUUAUCAGAAACACAGGCUUUGGUUUUAACAGCAACAACCAGAAUGUAUGUCAUCAGAAGGGACUUGAAAAGGUGCCCUACAUUUCGCCAGUUGAAGACUUUGGUACUCAAUGAAUACUGGUGUGUGCCGGACAUACACCCUCUAAAAUGUAUUCUUGAACAUUCACCAGUUUUAGAGGCGCUUUGUCUUCUACUUUUUUCUCAGGGACCUCAACAAUAG